AUGGGUGCAAAUGGCAGUAAAAAAUUGUACAAUUUCAUCAAAAAGCAAAAAGAAAUGGAUGAAUGGAAACGCACGGCAGACAAAGAAUAUAUAGAAUUCUAUGAAUGUGAACAAGUAAUGAGUGAAGAACUGUGUGAAGAAUACCUAAAGGUUGAGCGAAUAGUUGCGCACCAGGUGUCUCGGGACAGAAACGCGGAAGGAGUCGAAGCAACUGAGUAUUACGUGAAAUGGUGCGGUCUCUCAUAUUCCGAUUGUACCUGGGAAGAUGCUAAGCUUUUACCUCCAGAAAAGAUCGAAGCCUAUCAUCGUAGCUCGAGAAACUAA